UAAAACAAUUUAUAAACGAGUUUAAUUUGAUUUUUAUCGCUGGCUACCAUAACCCACCUUUAUUAUCCUUCAAUGAAAAUGGAGGAUCCGAACCUCGCUGAUCAGUAUGUACAAGAGUUUGUACUAGAACAUUUGGAGGAUGGCACCUCGGCUGUUGGUGUUAAACGUGAAGAUCACAGUCCUAUAGCGGCAGCAAAAAUAACCUGGACCACCGAACCCACGGCUGUGCCCGCAGAAGAAGACGAAACUGCGGUAGAGCCGCUCAUAAAAUUGAGAUCUUUCCCGCCCAACUGGUCACACAUGGACGAAAGAAGACUGCAACCACUGUCACCUCCACCCGAAAUCUACACUCAUGGACCCAUGGCGGGCCAGGCGAUAUUGGUGAAUACUUCAGUACCCGGCGGAGUGCCCUCUACACCACCAGAAACUCCACCCGUUAUAGGAUCGCCCACGGGCAGCACUUGUGCCCAGGUGUAUGCUGGAGUUCCUAGUUCCCAUUAUGCAACACACCAUCGACCUCCACCGCCCAGUGCCGGUUUGACACAAGAAAUGAUGUGGCUGCCAAAUUCAAUGCGAUCAGAUCCCCAACCUUUGGACCUGAGGCCUUUGGCGGGUCCCUCACAAGAUGAGGAAUGGGAAAGACAUAGAGAAUAUAUGCAGUCUGUGGCAGCGGCUAAUCAUCAUAACCAUCUUAUACAAACGCACCAUCAUCAUCAUUUCCAGACAAUAGAGCAUUUGACGCCCAUCAAUAUGCACUCCUCACCGUAUCACAAUGGCAUCAUAACGAAUGGCCAGGUUAAUAACACCUCCUCCAUAAUACACUCCAAUCCCAAUCAUGUCAGCAAUCAUCCCAACAAUCGGCCACAUUCUGUCUGUUCAACAAGAUCUUCCACAAACUCCCCGCGCACUUGUUCCGGUCAAUAUUCCACAUCCAGUAAUCUGGGCUUAGACGAUUGCAUAGACGACGACCUACUGACCACGCUAACGGUAAGGGAAUUGAAUAAGCGUCUGCAUGGUUGUCCCCGAGAAGAGGUUGUGCGGCUGAAACAAAAAAGACGAACUCUCAAGAAUCGCGGUUAUGCCCAGAACUGUCGCUCGAAAAGACUGCUACAGCGCCAUGAAUUGGAGAAAACCAAUCGUCAAUUGAAUCAUGAUCUGCAUCGUUUAAAACAGGAAUAUACGCGUGUUUGCCAGGAACGCGAUCAAUUGAAGCAGCGUUUACGCGGUGGUAGUUCCUCUUCACAAAACGGUCCUGUCACAGGGACACCCUCCAGCGUUAUAACCCUAAAUGGUAGUGCUGGAGGCGGUAGUGGCGGACCUGCCCACCAAUUGAAUUCAGAAAAUCAAAGUUCACCGGAAUUCUAUCUCUGACGUCAAUUAGCAGCAGCCGCCAGUCAUCACCAUCAUUCUUCGCAUUCGCACCACCACCACCAUCAUCAUCCGGCACAUAGUGCUGCCCAUCAGUGGUCAUCAUCUUCUUCUUCUUCGGCAUCAGCAGCAGCCUCGCGUUAUCAUCAACAUUUGGCGCAACAUCAUCUUCAUGUGCCGCAUCCUCAUGCUGCUGCACCAUUGCAGCAACAACAGCAGCUUCAGCCUUCCCAGCCAGCGGCCGCAGCAGCUGUGGCGGCGACGGCGGUAAACUGAGUUAAGUUGCAUAAUAAUAAGUAUACUGAGAGCUUUAAGUUUAGAAAAUUAGAGAUUUAAUGAAAUUUAUUCAUAAUUUUAAUGUUUUGUUU